UACUGCAAUUUUCCGUUAAUAAUAAUGUUCGUUUGAAUAACGAUCUUCAGUAUUUGACGAUAUUUUACGACGUUUUAGUAAAUUUAGUUUUAAUAUUUAACCGGACAAAUAAAUAAAAAUGAGCGACACAGACUCUGGAAGAGAGAGUCCAAUGCCAACCAUAAGGUCAGCUUCAUUGACAACUUAUCGCCAUCCCAAGCUUAUAGACAAUGACCGAAAUACUCAGUUACACUAUCUUGCAGCAAAAAAUGACGUUACAGGCAUUACGAACUAUCUUAAUAACGAAUCCCCCGUUGUCGAUCCAGAAAACUAUUUUGGCUGGACACCUCUGAUGAUGGCAUGUAGAAAAGGCCAUUUUGAGGCUAUGAAAGUAUUGCUCAGAUUUAAAGCUAAUGCGACGAAACAGAACAAAUAUGGCAUGUAUGUUUUUCAACUAGCUGUGGCUAGCGGAAAUCUGGCAUUAAUAGAGCACCUUUUGGAACAUCUUUUAACUGGCGGUGUAUCGAGGAGAGUUCUAGAGCAUACGUUUCCAAUAACAGCAAUUCCCAUCAUUUUCAACAACCAAAAAGUUUUGGAAUUCCUUGUUGAGAAAUAUUUUGAUAUUAACGCUACUACUCUGCACACAGGUAUCACCCCUUUCAUGUUUGCACAUGCCUUGGAACACGACACUUUUAUUACCAUAUUACUGAAAAACCAAGUGGACACCAAAAAAAAGAAUUAUCUAGGACACACUGCUGUUGAUAUUGCGACCAUCAGGCAAAAUAUGAAACUAAUGUCUAGACACAAGAGUCAAAGUGAAGCACCUAAAAUAGUAACUACAACGGAGGAAUCUAUCCAGAAUGAGAUCCAGAACCAACAGCUCCGAAAUGCUUUACAGCUUAAACCUCUUGAUACUAAUAAUAUCGUUGCCAGUCCUUCGGUUUUUACUUCUCCAGCGCAAAAUCAAAUACCCUGUAUCAUUCUUACACCAAUAUCUUUUAGCAAUCCUCAAGUGACUUACUUGACUGCUUCAGCACAUGCCCGUCCUAGAUUAUCCUCUAAUAUAUCUCCUUCUACAAUACCUCCUACACCCAAUGUUACUCCCAUUUAUAGUGCGGUUUCUACUGGAAAUAUUGCCGCUGGCCAGCAAUUUUUCUUUCCGCCCAAUUUUUCACCAAAUCACUCGGUACUAAGUCUCAGUUCACAUCAAGCCUAUAAUACAGUGACAUCACAAUCAUAUAGCGUAACGGACUUCAUGAAUUCUAGAAUUAAUUCGUCGGUUGGCAUGUAUUCGUAUUCUCCCUUUGUUAAUGUUAUAUCACCCAAUGUAUAAGAUUUUAUUUUAAUUUAUCUUGUCUAUGUUUUUUGUAAAGUGGAUCUAAAUAUGCUGGAUAUGCAAUAAUAAAGUUUAUUCAAUUUUCGCCAGAUAUUAAGAACAAUUUAGUUAUCUUAAGUAUUUUUAAUUUAAUUUUUUUAUGAUUACUUACUUAGAUCCUUAAUCAAAAUUAGCAUAUGUUUUAUCCGAAGACUUUUUAAGUAGUUUUAAACAAAUUAAUAUUUUCCAAAAUAAAGAUUUCAUACAUAUCA